UGAUAUCAGGGGUGGAAUCUUGAAGGAAUUACAUCUGCUUAACCGUCAAUCAUUUGAAGAGUCCUUCACCUUAAUAUUAGAGUGCAAUUUUCCAAAUACAUUAAAUGUACAUAGAGCUCUGCUUCUAGAUUCUACUGGCAGGUUUUGCUUAUCGGGAUCUUUUGACUCUAUGAUCAGGUUAUGGGAUCUUGGUCAACAGCGAUGUGUGCAUUCUUAUGCUGUGCAUACAGAUUUUGUUUGGGCACUUGCAAGCUCCCCAACAUUUAAUCAUGUUUAUGGUAGUGGGAGAGACCUCUCUUUAUACUUGACACUUGGCAUCAAGAGAGUCGCUUCUGCUUUGCACAGGGGAACACCCCAUUCUGCAAUUAGCAUUGCAUGAUGAUAAUAUACAGGCUGCAACAACUGAUUCUUUGGUUCAUACGUGGCCAGCUGAAGGACAUAAUCCUCAAAAGGUCUUUCAAAAAGGUGGUUCAUUCUUAGCUGGAAAUUUGUCAUUUUCAAGGGCAAGGGUUUCCUUGGAAGGAUCUAGCCCUGCUUGGAAGUUUGUCUGUUCAUUUAGACACACCAGAAUGCUUCUCUGCACAGAUGUAUUCAGCAGCCCUUCAAAUUGCUGGAAGACCUGAGGAUGAUAAGGUUGGUCUGGCUUGUGAAACACUUAAAAGGUUUAUUGCCUCAUUGGCUGGCCAUAAGAAGGCACAAUGUGGCUUCACAAGCUUCUGCUAAUGGGAAUGUUUUGUCUGGCAAGGAUAUCACUACUAGAACCCUUACCCAAUCAAGAAUUGAGGUGAAUGUUAAUGCUGAAAAUGACUCCAUCGUCUAUCCUCCAUUUGAAUUUUCAACCAUUUCCCUGCCAUCAAUAAUUACCGAGGGUUCUCAAAGAGGUCCAUGGAGAAAAAAAAUUACCUACUUGGAUGGAACUAAAGAUGAUAAGGACUUCCCCUGUUGGUGUCUUGAUUGUGUUUUGAAUAAUCGCUUGCCUCCCAGAGAAAAUACAAAGGAUAAAGUGAAAUAUGGAGCCCUGGUUCAUUCAGGAAAUGGGAGGAUAAAGACUAGAGUUGAGGAGAAAAAGUUGGUUAAAGACACUGUUUCAGAAGAUUUAGCAGUGCUUUGGGAGGAUGGAUAUGGCACUAAGAGUGUCAAAGAUUAUCUUGAUGAAGCUAAAGAGAUAAUUAAGCCUGAUGGAGGGCCACCCCGGUGGUUCUGUCCUGUUGACUGCGGGCCUCCAUUGAAGGAUUCUCCAACUCUUCUGUUUCUUCCUGGACUUGAUGGGCUUGGGUUAGGCCUUAUUUUGCACCAGAGACCUCUUGGGAAAGCCUUCGAAGUUCGGUGCCUCCACAUUCCCGUUUCUGAUCGAACACCAUUUGAAGGAUUGCUUCAAUUUGUUGAAAAAACUGUGAGGCUUGAACAUGCCUCAUCUCCCAAUAAACCAAUCUAUUUGGUGGGGGAUUCCUUUGGAGGAUGCUUAGCACUAGCAGUUGCUGCGCGUAAUCCAAACAUUGACUUGGUCCUCAUACUUGUCAACCCAGCUACUUCAUUUGGCAGAUCACAGCUUCAACCCUUGUUCCCUAUCUUAGAGGCUUUGCCUGAUGAGUUAUAUGUUGCAGUCCCAUAUCUUCUUAGCUCUAUCAUGGGAGAACCAACUAAGAUGGCAAUGGUUAAUAUUGACAACAGGCUUCCUCCUAGACUAAGAUCUCAACAAUUGUCUGCCAACCUUACUGCUUUACUGCCACGUCUUUCUGGUAUGACUAAUAUUAUACCAAAGGAUACUCUUCUUUGGAGGUUGAAGUUGCUUAAAUCAGCAUCUGCAUAUGCAAAUUCACGGCUCCAUGCUGUCAAAGCUGAAGUAUUAGUGCUUGCCAGUGGGAAGGAUAAUAUGCUUCCUAGUGGAGAUGAAGCAAAACGCCUCAGGAGUUCUUUGCAAAAUUGCAUAAUUCGUCACUUCAAGGACAAUGGACACACCCUUUUAAUGGAAGAUAGCCUAAGUUUACUAACUAUCAUAAAAGGUACCUGCAAAUACCGUCGUUCGAAGAAGAUAGAUUCCAUCUUGGAUUUUCUGCCUCCUAGUAGGACAGAAUUCAAUUAUGCAUUUGAUCAAGUAGUUGGAUUAUUUAAUGUUGCUGCUAGUGCAGUGACGUUCUCAACAUUAGAGGAUGGAAAGAUAGUCAAAGGCCUUGCUGGGAUUCCAAAUGAAGGUCCUGUUUUAUUAGUUGGUUACCACAUGCUGAUGGGACUUGAACUUUAUCCACUGGUUGAACAAUUCUUGAGAGAGAAGAAUACUAUGGUUUAUGGCAUGGCUCAUCCAGAGUUAUUUUUGGGAAGGCUUGAGGAUUCAUCUAAUGAAUUUUCUCUGACUGAUUGGUUAAAAGUUAUGGGAGCUGUACCUGUCACUGGUAGAAAUCUGUUUAAAUUGUUAUCGAAAAACUCACACGUUUUGCUUUAUCCUGGUGGUGCACGUGAGGCUCUUCACUACAAGGGUGAACAAUAUAAACUAUUUUGGCCUGAUCACCAAGAAUUUGUGAGAAUGGCAACACGAUUUGAGGCCACAAUUGUACCCUUUGGGGCCGUAGGAGAAGAUGACAUAGCGGAAUUGGUUCUCGAUUACAAUGACUUGAUGAAAAUCCCUGUGCUUAGUGACAAUAUCAAGGACACAAUUAGCAAGUCUGUGAAAAUAAGGGAUGAAGCUAGUGGAGAGGUUGCCAACCAAGCGCUUUUUGUUCCAGGUCUAUUGCCGAAGAUUCCUGGCCGCUUCUAUUAUCUGUUUGGUAAACCUAUUCACACAAAGGGAAGAGAAGUAUUAUUGAGUGACAAAGAAAGUGCGAAUAAAUUGUACUUGCACGUAAAAUCUGAAGUUGAACGUAAUAUUGCUUACUUGUUGAAGAAGCGAGAAGAAGAUCCUUACAGAAGUAUUAUUGAUAGAACUACAUAUAAUCUGAUGUAUGGUCGCGAUGUUCCAACAUUUAAGCUUUAAAGAGAUUAUUUGCAAGGUAUAUUCUUCAAGGUCCUAAUGUUACAAAAGUCACUCUUUUUUGGAAUAUCAGACGUUUAAUAUCAUGUAUAUGCAAGAAAGCCAUGGUGCUGCAGGUUAUAUUCAUUCUAAUGUUGUAUUCAAGGUCUAAUAUGUACCAUCCUGUAAAGAUAUUCUUUUUUAUAACAUCAACUAUGCAUUUUCAUGGAGGCAAUACAUACUAAUUUGAUAUCAGGGGUGGAAUCUUGAAGGAAUUACAUCUGCAAAGAUAUUCUGUAUAUGCAAGUUAUAUUCAUGUAUAUGCAAGAAAGCCAUGGUGCUGCAGGUUAUAUUCAUUCUAAUGUUGUAUUCAAGGUCUAAUAUGUACCAUCCUGUAAAGAUAUUCUUUUUUAUAACAUCAAUUAUACAUUUUCAUGGAGGCAAUACAUACUAAUUUGAUAUCA